AUGACGGAGUGGACCCUGCUCAAACGUCUCCUGGAUGCCGUCCACCAGCACUCCACCAUGAUUGGUCGCCUGUGGCUCACGGUCAUGGUCAUCUUCCGGCUUCUCAUCGUUGCCGUGGCGACUGAGGACGUGUACACUGACGAGCAGGAGAUGUUCGUGUGCAACACGCUGCAGCCGGGCUGCUCCACCGUCUGCUACGACGCCUUCGCUCCCAUCUCACAACCACGCUUCUGGGUCUUCCACAUCAUCAGUGUGUCCACGCCAUCCCUCUGCUUCAUCAUCUACACCUGGCACAACCUGUCCAAGUUGCCCCACGCCAGCCAGAGGCAGGGGCCUGCACAAGCCGGGGUCCCAGGGCAGGAGGACCCGGACUUAGGGUGCCGUGGCGGACAGGAAGUGUACGACCGGAGCUGCGACUCCGACAGCUGCUCCAUCCGCUCUCAUAAGCAUCUGGGUCACAGCCUGGCAGAUGUGCUGGAGGGCAUCAACGUCCAGAGCCUUCAAAGGGAGGGCCCAAACAACAGGGGGCCCUUGAGCCAUGCCCAAGCUUGCGCCCUCAGAGAGGGGGGUGCGGAGGCUCAAGUGGUCUCUGGAGGAGUUCUGUCCAAAUGUUACAUCUUCCACGUGUGUUUACGGGCUGUCCUGGAGGUGGGCUUCGUCCUGGCCCAGUGGAAGCUGUUUGGCUUCCAGGUGCCUGUCCACUUCCUGUGUAAAUCCCCCCCCUGCAGCCAGGCGGUGGACUGCUACGUGUCCAGGCCCACAGAGAAGACCAUCUUCUUGCUCUUUAUGUUUUGUGUGGGAGUUUUCUGUAUAAUUCUCAACGUGUUAGAGCUCAACCACCUGGGCUGGAAAAAGAUCCGGCAGGCUGUGAAGCUGAGGGAGAGGGGGUCCUGGGGGGUCUGCCCCGGUAUGAAGAGAGGCUAUGAAACUUUCCCUCCUGACAGCCCCUUUCUCACACCUUCUUUAGGCUUCAGAGACGUGACCAGCACCACCUCUCUGCCCACUUUGGACUUGGUGGUGGGUCACCAGCCUGACUGGACCUGUGCUGUGAACUGUGGCAGGAUGAGGGAGGCUGAGGGGGUCAGAGAGACCAGACCGGAACCCCCAAAGAGACAAGAUUCUAAGAAAGGGGGGAGGAAGCCACUGAAGAGCAAGAGGGUGAUCAGAGAGUCCAAACAGAUGAGUGCCGAGGUCUGGAUCUGA